AUGCUAGGAUCAGAUUCAGAACGCCCUGCACGAGAUUCAGGAUCACUGUUUCCCCGCCCGGCAUCGUCCCUGUUCGGCCAUGCGACAACGUCAGUCUCAGCUGCCAUGUCUCCCCCUACCGCCCCGUCACGACCCGACCAGUCCUUCUUCCGUCGGUCACAUACCCCCGAGAAGGCCUUCUCAAAGCCGGCGCCAGGUCGGCCAUACCGAUCAGGGUCAGGUGGUGGAUCCAGCCUGCUCGGCACAGAACAGUCUAAGUUCGGAAGCCUAUCGCGUGCGUCACUCUCGCAGUACCCCGAAAAGGCCCGUUCGACACAUCCUUCACCUCAAAUAUCACCCGCUGAGUCACCAUACACGGAGCCCCGGCGCAUGAGCUUCAGUGGGCCGAUCCCUCGACCAAGUAGCCAACCUCCGAAUGCCGAGCCAUCCACGCGCCCUCCUGGCUACAGUCCGAUCUCACGUCCAACCGGAGGUGCAGGAGACCGAUUCGAGCCAGCCCAGCGGGCCAGCUCUGCGUCAUAUACUGGUCUUGAUCCCCAUGGUCGGGACCCGCAUGGUCGGUUUGGCAGUCUUUUUGGUGAUCGCCGCCCUGAAGAGAGCGCGACUUCUCGCGACCGUGAUCGGUUCAACCAUGGGAACGACCCCAAGAGCUCGCUGGCAGGGUCGGCGCGCUUUGGAUCACUUUAUGGCGAGCGGGACUUGCUCGAUCGUCACUCUACUCCGUCGACUUGGGAACAGGGUCGCUCUCAUCCAUCUUCCCCCGAAAACAAACGCUUCCCUCCGCCAGAAACUGGGUCUGCGUUUGGAUUUGGAGCUAUUCAGAGUUAUACCAAAUCUCUGGGCUCCCAGCCAGGUGGUGCUCGGCAGGCCACGCUGUCGUUGCAAACGGGACACGGACAACAGCCAACGCCCUCUCCGCGCGAGUCACCUUAUCUUAGCAAGCCACAAACACAACCUUCUCGACUGGGAUCGACCCCUGUUAGUGCUCCGCCCACCGGAUCAGGAUCGCUUGGGCUUCUUUCCUCUGCCGAGGAGGGGCGACGAAAAGGCAGUGAUGAGCUUCUUCAGCACCGAAAUCUCCUCGGAGUUGGCGUCGACGGUAAACGCGGUGGUCGAGCAUCUCCCCUCCCCCAAGCUGUCCAGGGCGCGCAGGCUCCAUUCAUCGGAUCAUCUGGAGAACCCAGCAUAAAGAAUGAGCUGGGGCGCGUGUUCUCCGGCAUUGGCAGUGGCGUCGGAGGCGUGACUGGCGGUUCGUCUGGCAGCGGACCAUCCACCCCACUGAUCUCAAGCCCAUUCAAACGCGAUAGUGUAACCGGCCGGUCGGUAAAUGGAGAUGCUGAUGAUAAGGUUGCUCGCCCGGCUUCUGCUACGGGCACCAGGCGAUCGAGGAAGUCGCGCGAUGAAGACGUCCAGAUAGACCUUGAAGGCGGCCGUGGCAACCGACGAGUUCGACACAUGCAUCACCACCAUCAUCAUCAUCAUCAUCACCGCCACAAGGCGGAUGAGGACGCUGCCACACUCAGUGGACUGCACCGGUCAACAUCCACCAACUUCAUCAAUCGCACCUCUACCCCCACCGAGCCGCCAACCGGACAUCAUCACCAUCACCAUCAUCACCACCAUCAUGUUUCUCGACCUGCCACCUCCAUUGCCCCCGCCUCCCCCGUCCGGGAACCUCGUACCGUCGUCAAUCUUGAGCCACUGCUAUCAAGCGUAGCGCACCUGCCGCGGCAUCAUCUUGGCUCCACCCUCUAUACCCCUCGCGUUGGGGUUCCCAGCGCCAAGGCGUCUGCGGAGAGUUCCAAAUUUGGCUACACAACGACCCCUCAGCCUCUGCCACGAUUUGAGCAACGCGAAAACUGCACCUUCACCGUACGGGUGCCUCGCUUCCGCAUCGACGCAGUGCGGCGGGAGGAAAUCUGUGCGCGGCGAGCCCUGUGGGGAACUGGCGUUUACACGGACGACUCAGAUCCCGUUGCUGCUGCCAUCCACUCGGGCUUCAUCCGAGGCGCCUGGAGCGAAGAUGUGGAUGAAUCCAUGCUCGAUCUGGAAAUCAAAGACACCUACCAGCACGCCCCGCAACCAUCCCCCGCGGAUCCCAGUGCGGAAGCCUCUUCCAAAGAUGACGAGAAGCCCCGCAGUCCCCGGAUACCCCCCGUCCCCCCGGUGGAUCGAGACUUACAUAUCACUCUCCUGGUUCUUCCCCGCCUAGAGGAGUACGAGUCUACGGUGAUGUUCGGCAUCAAGUCCCGCCCGUGGGAUGGUCGCCACGAUGGCAUGAGCUUCAAGGUGCACCGGAUUGACUGGGUCGACGACGGGGUUGGACGCGGCGAGGAGCGAAGCGGCGAGGCCCGACGGAAGCGUCUGCGCACGUUAAUGCAGACUGGCCGUAUCUGCACGGGCCCAGCCAUGGCACGAAUGGACGAGCUUCGCCGAAAUGGCGUCCAGGUUCCCCGGGCCGCCAUCGAUGGCCAGGAGCAACGCACUCCUGUCCAGCCCGUGUCCUGA